AUGAGUACUACAUAAUCCGAUAGCUACUAAUAUAGGCAGUUUAAUUCAUCUAGAAGGUCUCAAUCAAGAACCCUUUCAACAUCUUCAUGGAGAUCUGUCUCUUCAUCUAGAACUAUGGACUCUGUUAAGCUUGCUAUAAAGAAUUCACAAAUAAACUCAGAAGUAAAGUAGAAAUUAAAAAGCAUCUAUAAAGAUUACGAAUUAGGCAAAUUAUCAAGAUAGGAAAUGAAAGACAUUAUCUAAAAAGAUUUAAACUUGGAGACAAAUUCUACCUUCGAGAAAAGCAUUAAGAGUGUUAAUAUGAAUUACACUUCUUUGAUAAGAGGUAUUGAUAAAAAGGAAGUCAACUCAAUUACUAAUUUCAAGCCAAAUACUAAAGACGAGUAACUAUCAAAGCAAUUUAUAAAAACCGUCUCCCUUAAUCUUUACAAAACUUAAAGAAUACCUUUCUAGAAAAACACUGAACAAAUUCCUAAACCUGAUGUUUUUGGUGAAGAUACUUGGCUCCACAAACAAAUUAAAGAAGAAAGAAUUCCCAACUAAAACCUCUUCUUACCAUAAAAACUAUUAAAUGAAUAAGAAAAAGAGUCACUUUAAGUACAAAGGGAACUAAGACUAGUUACUAACAGCUACCAAUCGCGUAAUAAUGUAAUCUAUAAAGUUAAAGGUCCUGCACCAUGCGAAACUAAGGCUAUUUUAAAUAACGGUGAUAUAGUUGGUUUAAAAGCUGAAACCUAACUUUAGAGCAGUAAAAAUAUUAAUGUCAGCCAAUCUUCUCUGCCAGAACAAAGAGUUUCUAGAUUAAAAAAAUAUGAAGGUAAAAUUUUAAAUACUGAAUGCAACUAAGAAAAUUAGUGGAGUGCUCCCAUCAAUAAGAAGGUGACACAAUUAAAAAAUUCUGAAUAUAACUUUUUGGACCAAGAGAAUAUGCUUAUGUUCAAAACAUAUGCAGCUGGAGAUACAAAAAGAUCCAAAGACUUUGGAAAUUUGAAGCAACUUUAGACUUCUUCUAAAAACAUAAUUUCUUGGAACUGA